AUGAAACAAGUCGAGAAUUACAAGAAAUACUUAGCACAUUCGCAACCCGACGCGAGGGACACAGUCGACUCUUGCUGGAAACAUCAGCAGAGGAAGAGCCAGUCUUUCCCGCUUGGCAGAUGUAGCAAGAACCCGGAAUCGCCAGCGAACUACUAUUCCUCGACGACUUCUUACAAGCCGCAGUGGGGCCACAUGUGUUCCAGCCCGACGUACUCCAAGUGCAGCUCGUUUCACAGCCCCGACGCGGCGUAUCUUCAGGGUCGGUCGAAGACUAAUCGGGACAAACACCAUCUCCCGGGCUUCUCGCCGAAGAGGAAGACCCACUACGACGACGAGCUGGGCGACAUCGAGAAACUGAAGUUCAUCGACGAACAAUUGGGAAAUCUCGUGGAGGACAACGCGGAGGAAGAGGUUGAAGAGGAAGUCACAGAGGAUGAUCACGAGGGGGCAAGUAAAUUCCUGGACAAGGAUUACGAGGAGCAGGAAGCGGACGACGAGAUAGACGACGAGUCUGAACCGUCUCCGCAGGCUCGCAGAACUCAAAGAGCAAGCAAGAACGAGGCACCACUGAGACAGCAGCGAUGGAGAGCCGUGGAGCCGCAGCCUGACACGCGAAGGCUUCGUUGCCAGCAACGAGUGGCUUUGGUGCAAAAUCAUCCCUCAUCUCCCAGGUUCUACCACAACGUGGCCGAGCGCGAGAUACCCGAGCCCUUAUCAGAAGAAGACUUCGUCCGAACGUCGCUGAAGUGUUCGCCAAGGCGACAGUCCACGGACUAUCGUCAGUGGUCGCCGAGGAACGAAGCUGAUCGAUACGACGACGUGUCACCCUCGACCCAGUUGACUCGACGAGCUCGCACCAAACCGGAUGUGGACCGACUGAUGGAGUCGGAGCUGAACAGGACGAGAAGGUGCAAUCGCUGCGGUAGCCUGUCCAGCAAAAGGAACGAACAGCCUCGGAAGAACAGCUGCAGAUUCGACAACGCGAAUAUUACCUUUAAGGGACCAAUUGGCGACGAACCCGAGAGCCACGAACUGUACUGCGGCCAUUGCAACCUGAGGUACAGCGCGAAGGACGCCAGUGGCGCCACCAACAUCCCAUCCGUUCUGUACCCCACGAAGCCACGCAGAUCUCGAGAAGGGAAGUCGUCGACGAUCUACGAGGUCCCAGAACAGAGCCAAGACAAACUUUCCACCGACUACACGCGAUUGUCCUCGAAGUACCAAAGGAAACCGACAGAGGGCUUCACGGAGAAGCCAAAGAGGUCGCUGCACACGUCUCAUGGCGCCGCGCGAAUACCCUCUCGAUACGUGGAAUAG